UUUAGGGGCUAUGCACAUGACCAUGAGCCGGUUCAGUACAUGUCAUGCUGAGUAUGAUUAGGGUUGCAUGCCGGUGACGUCACACUUAACCACCACAACCAGGCCGCACUCCGCUUCGUCUGCUGGCAACAUAAAGGGUCAGCUUCGCUGUAUCUUUUCUAGAAGCAGGCCAACAACACCAGUUCUGCGGAAUGGAAGGAAAUAUCGAAACAGCGCCCAGGCACAAGCGCACCAAGUCGAGUACAAUAAAGUUCAGAAAGCAAAGAGAAAGAAGAGUACCCAGCUGGGGCACGAAGAGGAGGAGCGAGUCAUGAGGAUCUUACACAAUUUAGAGAAAGUACAGAGAAGGAAAACACCAGCAGGGAUCAGAGAGGAGCUAACAGAUCUGUACAUAAAGCCACUCCCGGAAUACAUACAGGAUAAACUGAAGCAGCACGAGGAGCGGCAAAUGUCACGAAGUGCUAUACUCUUUGAGGAGCUCUUCGAGAAUCACUCACUGGAGGACAAUGAGAACAGUACGUCAGCGGACAAGAUACAGCUUCCGGAACAAAAGCCUCAAACGACCUCCAGAUGGCAGCAAAAGAUGUUGAAUAAGCUUGAAAAGAUGGAAAAUACCUCGACCCAUAACAGCACCCUGAGUAACACUAACUGUAACACCAACAGUACAGUGUUGUCGAAACCACCUUUCCAACCACCUCAUCUUAAUAGGAGUUUACAAGUACAAGGACAAAGCUCCUGCUGCUCAAAACUCCAAACCACAAGUCUGAACUCGGCUCCUUCUUCACGAUAUAAACCACCCGUCCCUACCUCAACCUCCCUGGUGGUACCUACCCCUCCCACCAAACCUAAACCAACAAGCUUCUCCUAUACAGACCCGCUACCUUAUCCCACCACAUAUCUUCACAGUAAGGAGGCCCUGUCUCCGUUUGAGGGGAGGAUCCUGGAACUGGAGAAGUUAGAGCGUGAUUCUAUACUUAUUGAGAGGACUAGUAAACCGAGAGCCUCGAAUCGAGAGGUCACCACCAGGAUUCCCGCAACUUUGGUGAAACAACCAAAAUAUUUGGACAGCACGGCUGCUUUUUCAUCGAGAGUUUCUCAGAGGAAGUGUAACUCAGGGACUGGAACAAGCAAUGGAGGAAAAAAUGGUAGGAGCUUGACACCGACCAAUAUUAAUGGGAAACUUAGCGACAGUAAACGUAAGACUAUUCGGGAAAAAGAGACUAUUCUUCAGCAGAAACGAAAAAGUGGGAACAGUAAGAUGUCUAUAGCAGCGAGAUCAUGAUAAAAAUGAAUUUUAUAUUUUAAUCGCAUCGUUUUCACCAAACGAGUUACUAUUUGACAGAGGUCUAGUGCAAAGUAAACUUUUUAGUAGCCCUAAAUUAUCUUUAAACAGUAUCCCGUCUAGCACUGUGUAUAGCAAUUAUGAACUUUAAAAACGAGUAAAAUUCCUACAUUUUAACGACAAUUUCAACAGAGCCGAAGAUCAUGCGGGUCCUUUUACUUCUAGACCAAUCUAUUUUCAGAAUUUAUGGCUAUUGGCUGGUAGUAUGAUUUGAAAGAUUGUCUUAUGAAAGAAUAUAUUACCAUGGAGGUUUUCCUA